AUGCCUGGUAAAUCACACAUUUGGUGUUCUCAUCCUUAUCAUGAUGAAGUUUUAUCUAAUGGAAAAAAGCGGUGUUCAAAAGUUGGUCAAACACCAUCACAUCCAAAAGGGAAAAGAUCAAUAAGCGAACAACUCGCUAAAUAUAUCAACAGCCAUAGUGAAAGUAUUUUAAACGGAAGUUCGACAAAACUUGAAGAAGGUGAUUAUCUUUGUUCAACAUGUUAUACAAAGGAAGAAAAUCUUUUUAUGAAUGACGAAGAAACAAAUAUGGAUACUGAUGAUUGUGAAGAAACACUCAACUACAACAACUUGCACAACGAUUCAGGUUGUCAACAAUGCUCUCCCAUGGAUGAUGAUACACAUGUUGAACAAGAAGAUAUUAAAAGAAAGUUGAACCAAGUAUUUCAAUUUGUGAAUGUCCAGAAAAUCGAUGAUUUCAAACAAAUUUCAAAUGCUAUCGACGAAACUUAUUUCAAACUUCGAGAGUGGAGUAAUACAAUUGCGCCAGCUACUCGUCGUGAUGAAAAACCUGAAACAUUUCACUCACUUAAUGUUUCAAUUGAUGAUGCUGCUUGGAUUCUAAAUCAUCUACGAGAACUGUUCAGUAUCAGCGACAACGAAGAACAACAACGACUUAUGACAAUGUUGCCACCAGAUUGGGGUCGCGAUCGAAUCGCUAACUGGUUUGGUGGUUCACAACACCAAGCUCGACAAUCCAUAGAGCUGCGAACAACUGAUUGUGUUUUCUCGAAACCUGAAGAUCGACGAGGAAAUAAAUCACUUGAUGGACAAAUUGAACUUGCAGUGCAUAACUUCUACACAAGUGACGAAGUCAGCCGGGAAACAUCAUACAAGAAGCAGGUCAUUCAUCCACCACCAUCUAGAAAGCCCGUUCCUUUACGUUUUCUUCAUUCGAACAUUGGUGAGACAUUUCAACAGUUCAAAUUGAAGCAUCCAAACAUGGAAAUAAGUCGAUCCAAGUUCUUUUCACUACGACCAGUUUGGGUGAGGGAACAAACAACUCAUGAAUCAUGUAUGUGUAUUUAUCACGAGAAUGCUGAUUUACUGCUUCAGGGAAUAUCAAAAUCGCUUCAACGCCUCGUCACGAUAAAAAGCUUAAUUGAAGAAACUAUUUGCAAAUCUCCUUCAGAAUCUUGUCAUUAUCGUCAAUGUGCCAAUUGUCGUCAUUUAACAGCAUCUGCUAUACUAUCUGAUGGUAUAGAUAUUGAAACUGAAGAUUCAGCUUCAUGGUCAAUAUGGAAGAAAUUUAAUUCACGUUACGAACUUCUUCAUUUGACUGGUACCUUGCGAGCUCUUUUAGAAGAAAUCGACAAUUUAUGGCCGAACUUCAUUAUACACAACUUUUACACACAUGAACAACGCGACUACAUUGCCUUAAUUAAAGAGACGUCCAGUAUCACCACUUUUGCAAUUGUACAGGUGGACUUUGCUCAAAAUUAUUCGUUGAUUAUACAAAGAGAAAUUCAAUCAGCAUACUAUUCACGUCAACAAGCAACCAUCUUUACAAUAUACAUAAAAGUUGGUGAAGAACAUCGUAACAUGGUGAUAAUCUCCGAUUAUCUUGCACAUGAUACAAAAUUCGUUUACUCUGGACAGAAAUUCAUCGUCAAUUUUCUUCAAAAACAAUACCCAAACGUUUUCAAGCUGAAUUAUGUGAGUGACGGUGCAUCAGCUCACUUCAAGAAUAAAUACAACAUGUACAACCUAGCUCAUCAUCAUGUAGAUUUUAAUAUUGGCGCAUCAUGGACAUUUAGUGCAUCUGGACAUGGAAAAGGUCCUUGUGAUGGCGUGGGAGCAGUGAUUAAGUCAACUGCUACACAACAUAUAAUUAAAGGUGGGCCAAAUGCUUCCUUCUCGUCACCAAAACAAUUUUAUGAAUGGUGUGUCGACAAAAAUGAUCGACUAGUUAUCGCAAGACCUCGUCGAAUAGAUACUUCGAAAUCCAUGACAACUAAGAUGCCCGAACCUAAUCGUCCUAUUGAAGUACGAUGGCUGUCCGGUGAUGUCGUCAACAAUGAAUUCGAAAACUGUUUAAAACAGCGGUGGAGUCAACUUUCUUCUAAAGAUUCAAUUACCGGAAUUCGUGAUAUGCAUCAAUUUGAUGCAGAUACAAAUGGAUCUAUUUCAUCUCAUCGAACUUCACAAUCAAUUCGUACUACCAUCCAUACACUUAAAAUGCCACCUACUCCUCGAUUAACUGCUAAUCGAAACACCAUCGAUGGACGUUAA